UCCAUGUGACGUAAUAACAUUACAAGCGCAGUCGUUUGUAUCACUGAAAAGUUUAUUAAUAAUAUUAUUUAUAAAAAUGGCUGGAACUUGGAGUGAAGAUCAAAUUGGUAGAAAAUGGGACCAUUGUUUUGCUGAUGCUGUUAUUAAACUUGGCGGUGGUAUUGUCGUUGGAUCUGUUGUAUCAUUGCUGUUUUUCCGAAGAAGAUGGCCAAUAGUUGUCGGUGGUGGUUUUGGUCUUGGUAUGGCAUUUUCAAAUUGUGAAAAUGAAAUAAAUGCAACAGUAAAGCCAGGCAAAUUAUUAGCUAGAAAUUGUGAUGAUAGCAAAAAACCAACAGCUCCAAAAUAACAAACUAAACAUUCAAUAAAUCAACAAGAAAAAAAAAAACAAAUAAAUAAGCUUAUAAUGU